AUGGGUUCUUUGGACGGCGAGCUGUCUCGUGAAUCUCUCCGAUCGGGUGACGGCGAGCGAGGCGGGGUAGGUACGCGCACAACAGGCUGGGCUUGGUCGCUUUCGAAAUCAUCGUCCGAUAUAUUAGCGAUGUCAUUCACAGCGGCGGUGGCAGCUGCGGAACGUGGGGCGCGGCGGAUAUCCAUGGAGUCAUCGCUGGAUUCGCCAGACAUGUUGGUGUUGAUGUGGGGAUUACUUCUGUGA